GGCUUCCUUUCUUCGGCCCAUUGGGCCCAAUCGCUAUCCCUUCUCAUUCUUCUUCCAUUUCCGGUGAGAGACUCUCUUUCUUCUCUCAAUUCCGACUCCUCCUCGCCGCCGCGGCCCAUCGCAUCUCGCCGUCCUCGUCAUCUGCCGCCGAGUGCGCCCUACUCUCUCUGCUCUUAACUAAACUUGUCGAAUUCGACCCCUCAAAUCCAUAAUGUCGUCCCAAUCGCGAAGCCAAGUAGCUGCAGACGAAGAAGAAAUGAUGAAAUUGGAAGAAGAAGUAAAGGAAAUGUCUGAAAAGUUACUCGACUACCGAACCACUCUUCCGGGACAACUUAGCUCCACCAUUUCUUCUCUUCUUGAAUCUCAGAGACCUGUGCUUCCAGCUCCGGAUGCCGAAGCUGGCGUCAGCCAAGGUCUGAUGAGAGAGACCACGGAAGAUUCAGACGAAGCUGAGAAACUACAACUCCUCAAACAGAAAAUCUCAGGUAAUGCCACCACAAUGCCCGUUGUCUUGAAUAGGUUGAAAGAACAUAUGGCCAGGAUUGAUGCCUUGGACUCUUCCAACGGGAUUAUCCAUCCUGCUUUUAAAAUGAAACGAACCAGUUGAUUUAGGUAUGUGCUCGAUUCCCUUUGGUUUUGAUCUUCAUUCCACACAGUGUUACUACGAUGUAUGUUGAUAACUGACUUGUUUGUAAUUAGUUGUGAGCAUCGGAUUUCGUUGAAAAUCGCCACUCUCCUACCAUUCAACAUCUUUGGAUGUUAGAUAAUCUUUUAUGUCAUCCUGAAAUGAUUUAUUGAAAUUAAUAAUGUAGACGAUUCA